GUAAAAGCCACUGAGAUUAUGAACUAGAGCUUUCUUUGAGACUUGAAGCACACUGUUAAAGCUGCUGCUCACGCAUUCUUCAUUUUUACAUCCUCAGAGCCAAAGUUUUUCCAAGUAUCAUUGAUGCUAUCCGGAUCGCACAAGAAUUAUCAAUAUUUGUAAUGAUUCACAGUCCAGAAAUCUGCAGAGGAAGCAGCUGUUCUAAUGGAAGUUAAACCUUUCUGCAAUAAACCCAAGAAAGCAAAAUGAGGGACCGCCUCGAAGAGCUCAGAAAACAGGCAAAGGAAGCUGAACUUACAACAGACAACGAAAGCAAAAAAACAAAGCAAACAGGAGGAAACGUGGCCUUUAAAAAGCAGAUCAUCAUUUUUGAAAAGGAACCCGUGAUACUGAUUUUUUUAGUUCAUGCAGAAGGAAUUAAAGAUGAAAUUAACGAACUUAGAAAUGAUAUAAAGAAACUGAGUGAACAAAGCACUACCACAGUGCUUUUCACACGGCGGUUCAGUAUUAUAAAAAAAGAUAGUUCCAACCUCAUUAAAAACCUGAAAGUCCGGGCCGAGUCCAUCCACAAGCAAUUAGAUUCUUUAUCAAAAGAUGCAAAACAGUCAGAGGCAGAGUUUGGAGAAGAUGCAGUUGUUUCAAGAAUUAAGAGAGCACAAUAUUCAUUGUUGUUUCAGCAAUAUCAGAUGGCCAUGUUAGAAUUCAACACUGUUCUAACUAACAAACAAGAAAUCUGCAAGAAAUUCAUGCAGCGCCAGCUUGAAGUUAUUGGAAAGGAAGUAUCAGAAGAAGAGCUAAACAACAUGGUUGAACAUGAUAAGUGGUAUGUUUUCAAUGAAAACUUCCUCACUGACCUCAAAAUUACUAAACAACACAUGUCUGAAAUCGAAUUCCGCCACAAAGAGCUGAUCAGUCUUGAGAAUCAGAUCAAAGAGCUGCAAGAUCUCUUUGUGCAGAUUUCACUUUUAGUGCAAGAGCAAGGGGAUUUUCUAAACAACAUUGAAAGGGCAACGUUGAACACAAAAGAAUACACGGAGAAGAGCAAGGAUAAAAUCAAGCAAGCAGGAAAAUACAUAAAACAAAGUCUAUGCAGAAAGUUGUGUUGUUGGUGUUUCACUUGCUGCAUUUAGCUUUUAUAACUAGACGCAUUACACAUUAGGUCUUAUUUUCAGUACUAAUUUUACAGUGAUAAAUUACUAACUUAAGAUUCAAGUAAUAGGACAUCUGUUAAUAGAAUGCUGAAAUGGUGGUUCAAAUACUGUUACUCCAAGAAAUAAAUGAAUGUACAGCUGAGGAAAGAAUAAAAGUAAAAGUAAGUUAUGUGCUAGCAACCAGGAAGUAAAAACAAAUUAAUGAGUGAACAUAAUUAACAAACAUUGCUAAUCCAGUUUCAAUAGUCAAACUGAGACAGGCAAGUGUGAGGAAUUACAAAACAUAAAUUAUUAUUGGGGAGGCCUGAAAAUAUCAUUGUUAGUUUGACCAAUCUGUUGCCUACUUUUCAGGUAAAUGGUCAGUACAGAUCAGAUUUGUGGUAAAUUGAUGCAAGUUGUAUUUGCAUAUGAGAUUGGUAGACAGUUGCAUUAUUCAUGAAGUGAUUUUCUUGGCAAGCAAGUUCCAAACCAAUGUUUAGCCAAGGGGAAAAACAUAAGGCAAUAAAAGCAGUUAAAAAAUAAAUAAUUUCAACUGAAGAUAUGAUUUGAGAAAGCUUUAGAAUACCACAUAAAAUUUAUAUAUGCCCAGCAGUAAAGUGCCAGUGCUCACCAGUGACCUCAAAGGAACCUUGUCAAGCACCAUAAGGGCUGGAAUCACCUUUCCUGACAUCAGUUAUUCUCAAUUGCCAAAUCUGGAGAUCUCUGAUACCGAGCAACAGGUGAUAUCAAACAAGCUGAAUAGCUAAUCAUUUUGAAGAAUUCUUACACAACCAACCAGAAAGUAAAAGACACAAUUUUUCCACAAAGCUUUUACAGAGUGGAACACGAAGAUUAAAAUAUACACAAGAUUAAGGCAGAAGUUGUAUUUUAAAGUAAUCAAAGUAAUCAUGAGGGAAUGACAGCAGACACAUAUAAUUUUAGUCUUUAGGAGCCACUGAAGUUCAAAACAUCACUUAGGGUUUAGUAUGCUAAUGAAAAAACUCUUGUAAUUCAUACAACAAGAAAUGACCUUUUAGAUUAUUUUUAAAACAUCAAACAUUCCAGAAGUUGCUGUUAGUUUCACAAAUUAAGAGCAGCAAAUACUGACAGUUUUACCUUCACUGUAACUACAAAAAUAAGGGCCAUUGUUCCAUACUUUAAGAUCUUCUAAUGAAAGUAUGAUGCUAUUUAUUAUUUCAAAGCCAUACUGCUUUUCUGAAAACCUGCUGUGGAAUAACAUUUGCCAUUUCAAAUAGGAGAUGAAAGUUUUCUAUGACACCAUCUGAACAGUACGAAAGGCUUCCUGAUGAUGUAAUUAUUACUUAGUACACUCGCAACAUCACAUUACUGUUUUUGAGACCUUGCCUUGGGAUGCCUGGUGUUGUGAAAGGGACGACAGAAAUUCAUGAUUUAUCUUUAUGUUCAUUUGGUAGCUACAGUACU